GGGUCGAUUCAGUCUUAUAGUUGCUUUCUCUCCAACUGGUUGGACUUUUGGUAAAGGAAAAAAGAAGUCUCCAGGAAGAAGGUGGCAACAGGGUACUAUCAUAAGGUAUGAAGUGCCAUACAGUGAGCAUUGCAGCUUCACAGAACUUAGAGAGUUCGUCAAGUUCAUUGCUCCGACAAACAUUAUCCCAAGUGUAAAUAAUCAUGGGGCAGAAUCGAGCAGCACGAUGGUCUCUCUCCUAUUGUCUUGAUUUGGUGACCGAAAAGAUACGUUGGCAGGCACAGGUGACAGUUUUCACUGUGUCUUGCUAGAGAUUUGUUGUAGUGUUCUUAUGAGUAACAAGAGGG